UUUACUCGACGGCAAUGGGAAGAUGACUCUUGGUAUGAUCUGGACCAUCAUCCUGCGUUUUGCCAUCCAGGACAUCUCUGUGGAAGAGACCUCUGCUAAGGAGGGUCUGCUGCUGUGGUGCCAGAGGAAGACCGCCCCCUACAGGAACGUCAACGUGCAGAACUUCCACAUCAGUUGGAAGGACGGCCUGGCUCUGUGCGCCCUCAUCCACAGACAUAGACCUGACCUCAUUGACUACUCCAAACUGAGAAAGGACGACCCCAUCGGUAACCUGAACACCGCCUUCGAGGUGGCUGAGAAGUUCCUGGACAUCCCCAAGAUGCUGGACGCUGAAGAUAUCGUGAACACACCCAAACCCGACGAGAAGGCCAUCAUGACCUACGUGUCCUGCUUCUACCACGCCUUCGCCGGCGCUGAGCAGGCUGAGACAGCUGCCAACCGUAUCUGCAAGGUUCUGGCCGUCAACCAGGAGAAUGAGAAGCUGAUGGAGGAGUAUGAGAAGCUGGCCAGUGAGCUGCUGGAGUGGAUCCGCCGCACCAUCCCCUGGCUGGAGAACCGCACGGCGGAGCAGACGAUGCGCGCCAUGCAGCAGAAGCUGGAGGAUUUCCGUGACUACCGUCGCAUCCACAAGCCGCCCCGCGUGCAGGAGAAGUGCCAGCUGGAGAUCAACUUCAACACCCUGCAGACCAAGCUGAGGCUGAGCAACAGGCCCGCCUUCAUGCCCUCCGAGGGCAAGAUGGUGUCGGAUAUUGCCAACGCCUGGAAGGGGCUGGAGGGGGUGGAGAAGGGCUACGAGGAGUGGCUGCUGACGGAGAUCCGCCGCCUGGAGAGACUCGACCACCUGGCUGAGAAGUUCAAGCAGAAGUGCACCAUGCACGAGUCCUGGACCGGAGGUAAGGAGGAGCUGCUCUCCCAGAAGGACUACGAGUCGGCCUCCCUGAUGGAGAUCAGAGCUCUGAUGAGGAAGCACGAGGCGUUCGAGAGCGACCUCGCCGCCCACCAAGACCGCGUGGAGCAGAUCGCUGCCAUCGCCCAGGAGCUCAACGAGCUGGAUUACCACGAUGCCGCCUCAGUGAACGCUCGCUGCCAGGGCAUCUGUGACCAGUGGGACAACCUGGGCACCCUGACCCAGAAGAGAAGGGACGCACUGGAGCGUGUGGAGAAGCUGUGGGAGACCAUCGACCAGCUGUACCUGGAGUUCGCCAAGAGGGCGGCGCCUUUCAACAACUGGAUGGACGGAGCCAUGGAGGACCUGCAGGACAUGUUCAUCGUCCACAGCAUCGAGGAGAUCCAGAGUCUGAUCACCGCUCACGACCAGUUCAAAGCCACUCUGCCCGAGGCCGACAAGGAGCGCAUGGCCACCAUGGGGAUCCACAACGAGAUCCUGAAGAUCGCCCAGACCUACGGCAUCAAGCUGUCCGGAAUCAACCCCUACACCAACCUCUCCCCCCAGGACAUCAGCUCCAAGUGGGACGCGGUGAAGCACCUGGUUCCCCUCAGAGACCAAAUGCUCCAGGAGGAGGUGGCCAGGCAGCAGGCCAACGAGAGGCUGAGGCGCCAGUUCGCCGCCCAGGCCAACAUCAUCGGGCCCUGGAUCCAAACCAAGAUGGAGGAGAUCAGCCACGUGUCUGUGGACAUCGCGGGCUCCCUGGAGGAACAGAUGAACAGCCUGAAGCAGUACGAGGGGAACAUCAUCAACUACAAAUCCAACAUCGACAAGCUGGAGGGAGACCACCAGCUGAGCCAGGAGUCCCUCAUCUUCGACAACAAGCACACCAACUACACCAUGGAGCAUGUGCGUGUGGGCUGGGAACAGCUGCUCACCACCAUCGCCAGAACCAUCAACGAGGUGGAGAACCAGAUCCUGACCCGCGACGCCAAGGGCAUCAGCCAGGAGCAGCUCAACGAGUUCAGGGCCUCCUUCAACCACUUCGACAGGAAGAGAAACGGCAUGAUGGAUCCAGACGACUUCCGUGCCUGCCUCAUCUCCAUGGGUUACGAUCUGGGUGAGGUGGAGUUUGCUCGCAUCAUGACUCUGGUGGACCCCAACAACACGGGCGUGGUGACCUUCCAGGCCUUCAUCGACUUCAUGACCCGCGAGACCGCUGAGACCGACACCGCAGAACAGGUCAUGGCCUCCUUCAAGAUCCUGGCCUCAGACAAGAACUACAUCACGGUGGACGAGCUGCGCAGGGAGCUGCCCCCAGAUCAGGCCGAGUACUGCAUCAGCCGCAUGACCAGGUACAUCGGGGGAGACGGCGCCACCGGAGCCCUGGACUACAUCUCCUUCUCCAGCGCCCUCUACGGGGAGAGCGACUUAUAAAACUCCUCCUCACCCCUUCUUCCCAGCUAUCUCUCCUGUGUGGAGAGAGCCAUUUAAACCCCCUACCACCGUCCCUCCUCUUUCAAAUCUUAACUUUCUUCCCCUUCCCCCCCACCCCUUCCUCCACACCCAAGAACACUGCCCCGAGAGGGGGAGAGUGGAAGGCUUUGCUCAGAUCUUAGAAGCUGUUUGGACUGGCCAGCUCCACCCUGUCAGAGUGCGGGUAUUGCACUGAUUAUGUAAGAAGCGUACAUAUGACCAUACCUGCCUUUAGGACACGUAACAGACGGUAAGGAUUAAAGAGCUGUUACUUUGAGCAAAGCCUCCUGCUCUCCCCGCUCUCUCUCAGAUGACAUAUUUUUUGUAGAAGGGUAAUUAAAGAAGAAAUCGUGAUUCAAAAAACAAGCUGGUUGGUUGUGUAUUGUGCAUGCAAUGUUGACGUUUAGAAACGCUGUCUGUGUGAAACUCACCUUCAUCAGGAGCCUGAAACAGAGGUCACAAAGUCAGUCUCAUGAAAACA